AUGGUUGCAAAUGUUGUACUUGGAAAUCAAUGCGUUCUUCCAAAGGUUGCCAGUUUCAUUGGUGAACCUCCACCAUCAUUUACAGAGGGAGGUGUUAAAGAGAGAGAGGUCCUUUAUUCCAAGCCCAUCCUCGGGGAUGGACAUCUUCACAAUGUUCCAUCUAACCAGAUAGUCUCCCCACAACCGCUUGUUGAGCAUCCCAUCACUUCCUCACUUUCAGCACGAAAUUGUGAUCAGAGAGAAGAACGUUUUCAAAAUGGUGGCUCAGGCAUGGAUGACAGGAACUUUGUUCAUGGAUUAUGUUCGACAACUCGACAAGAAAAUGAGUGGCAGAAAAAAAAUUUCAUGGUUGAUAAUUGUCCUGCUCACCCAAAAGUUAUUGAAGGACUCACAAAUAUUGAAUUAUUUUUCUUACCACCCAACACUACAUCAAAGAUUCAACCUUGUGAUGCUGAUAUCAUAAGAAAUUUCAAGUUUCAUUAUCGUCGGAGAUUUUUUUAUAAUCUUUUGGAGGGAUUUGAAACCGGGACUCAAAAUCCAGAGAAGAUAAAUAUUUUAGAUACAAUGAAUUUUGCAAUUGCAGCAUGGUCGAUAAACGUUCAACUAAAGACAAUUGCAAAUUGUUUUCAACACUUUAAACUAAGGCACGUGAAUACAACUGCAAUUUCAGAAGAUGUAGACCAGUUGUCUGAAGAUGUCCAACAAUUAAGUCUUCUCAUUAAAGAAUUGAAUUAUCGUGAUGCAAUGGAUGUUGAAAAGGUUAUUAAUUAUCCUAGUGAAAAUAAAGCCGCUGCAGAAUUUUUGAAUGAUGAACAAAUCAUUAGCAGUGUUAUGGAAAAUGAGAAAGAAGAUGAAGUAGAAGAUGACUGUACAAAGUUGGAGCCGGUCUCAUGA